ACCAGGAAGGGCCCUCCCCUCCAGGAAGUGGAGUAUAUACACAGAGGUGGAAGGGUGAAGAUGGAGAGGAGGGUGAUCAACACCGGGGGGAACGCCGACUCCGACUCAGAUGAUCCAGAGGAAGAAGGGAAUGGAGAAGGAUCAGCACCACCACAGGCGCAGACUGGAUCCCAAUGGAGGAACUUGGCAGCGUUUUGGUUGCUGGGUCUAUGUAAUAACUUUGCCUAUGUGGUGAUGCUGAGUGCAGCCCAUGACAUCCUCCGGACAGAGACCAAUGAGACUUCACCGGUGAAUGUUACAAAUUCCAGCAGCAGCCGAUAUGACUGUAAUCGGAUUUCCACCGCGGCCGUUCUCCUGGCUGACAUUUUGCCCACACUGGUUAUUAAAUUCACUGCCCCAUUCUACAUACAGCAGAUUCCUUAUAAUUACAGGGUGUGUGUGUGCAUCAUCACCGCGGCCAGCAGCUUCCUCCUUGUGUCCUUCUCCACAGAUAUCGCAGUGAGCCUUUUGGGUGUGAUCUUUGCCAGCGUGUCCUCCGGAUUGGGGGAGAUCACCUUUCUCAGUCUCACCGCGUUCUUUUACAGUGACGUGGUGUCUUAUUGGUCCUCUGGGACGGGUGGUGCUGGUAUCCUUGGUGCCCUCUCCUACCUGGGCCUCACAUCGGCUGGUCUGUCCCCGCGGAGUUCCUUGCUGGUCAUGUUGAUUAUCCCCUUGCUGCUCCUCAUAAGUUAUUUUUUCCUCUUGAUCCCGCCACCUUCUCUUCCUCGUUGGAGGUUCCCUAAAGGAUCCAGCAGAGGCUACAUCCCGACUCACCAGCGACCCCUGCUGAAUGGAUCCUCUGUCCAGCAGACAGGUCCUCAUCUGACACCAUCUGGUCCCCAUCUGACGCUCCUUAAAAAGUGGCAAAUCAUUAAGUCUCUACUGAAGUAUAUGAUUCCGCUGUCUCUGGUGUACUUUGCAGAAUACUUCAUUAACCAGGGCCUGUUUGAAUUAAUUUAUUUCCCUGACAUCACGACGAGCCACUCGGAGCAGUACAGAUGGUAUCAGAUGUUGUACCAGGCCGGAGUGUUUAUAUCUCGAUCAUCUGUUCGCUGUGUCACUAUUAGACGCAUCUGGGUCCUCGCAUGCCUCCAGUGUGGACUGGCCACCUUCCUCCUGAUCGGAGUGUACUACCUCUUCCUCAUCAAGUUCACGCUGUACGGAAUUUGUGCCAUCAUAACAUUUGAGGGGCUUCUGGGGGGCGCUGCAUACGUCAACACCUUCAACAACAUUGCAGUAGAGAGUAAACCGGAAGACAAGGAGUUUGCCAUGGCGGCUGCCUGCGUGUCGGACACUCUGGGAAUAUCCAUCUCCGGAGCUGUGGCCCUCCCUGUUCAUAACUACUUCUGUGGACUGCAGUGAUGUCAUCUGAUGUGCUGCAGAGGAUCCUGGGUAGAAAAGCACCAUGACUCUGGGUGCUGAUAGAGAUAUGUCAUGUAUGUGGAUUAUGGCGAGGAGGGCGAGCCUGGCUAUACACAACUUAAAGGGGUUGUAAAGGAAA